AUGCUAUCUCUGAUUACUAGCUCAGAUGACUUAUUUCAAGCUAUAGCAUCGCUGACUGAAAGUUAUGAGAGUAAAUUAGAAGUGAUCACUCGACUCAAGGCUCAUGUAAAGAAAAACUUUAUAAACCUUGAUCAGGUGCCGAGAUAUUUUGAAGCGCUAGCUAUUGCAGUGGAUAUACCAGAUCCUGGUAUUCACACAAGCAGCUUCAGUGUUCUCUGCCACCUUGUUAAGAGGAUUAGCAUGCAAGAUAAGGGUGGGUCGGUGCUAAAAAAUCAAAGUUUCUUAGUCUUACCUAUAAUUAUCAACGGUCUAGGUGAUACUAAGACAGGAACUAUUAGCUCUGCUAAAAAGGCCUUAGAAGCGUAUUGGUUCUCUGCACCCAAGAAAGUCGAAGAAUUUUUAGUAGAAAUGGCAUUGAAGAAUAGAAAUAAAAAAGUUACUAUUGAGUCGUUGAAUUGGCUCGCUCAUAUCGUGACAAAUAUCAGUCCCCAGUUUAAGAUAAACAAUUUAUUACCUUCAUUAGUCUCCUUAUUAUCGUCUCUCAAUAAUGAUAGGCAGCGGGAUGCAUUUGAAAAAACUAGGGAUUUCUUAACACUUUAUUAUAGUCGUAAAUCACAUCGACAAUAUAAAUUUGAUUUAGUCAGGGAACUAGAAAUUCAGAAUGUUAAUGCAGCUAUACAGGAGGAUAUAAUAAAUGCGAUAAAUACCGAGACUAGUAUUAUGAAUGGAGCAAAAGGUUUUGUAUCGGCAGGGUCUACAAGGGUUACAGUAAACCUGAGUCAGCGUGAGAAUGACAUUGAGGAAAGUAGAUUCUCACUCAAAAGAUCUCUUCCCCAUCACAAUUCUAGGAAUACUUCGCAGAAUAGAAAUACAUGGCACACUUCGUCCAUCGCAGAGCCUUUAAAUCCCCAAGAUUCAGAAAUUGCUGACAAGUAUAAUGAUACUAAAUUAGUGAAACCAGAUCUGAAAAGCUCCUCCCCCCAAUUCAAUACUGAGCUUCUGACUGAAAUACAAAAAAUUGUCAAAGACUUGGGAUAUAAUAUUGAUGAUAGCAUUUUAUCGAUGGAAAUUGUAGAUGUGGAACCAUUGCAUCAUCUUGUCAACGAGAUGGCGUCGAUUUUUGGAAGCAAGGAAACAGAAUUUAAUUGGUCGAAAAGAGAGCAUUUUAUUGUUAAAAUGAGAUCCUUAGUAAGAGGAAACGCGAGAACAAAUUAUUUACCUGAGCUAAUCACUUGUAUUAAGGAUGUUUCAGAAGCUAUUUGUAAAGGAAUGUCAUCUUUGAGAACAACAUUAUGCUCCCAUUCUUGUAACCUUGUGAAAGAAUGCGCAAUAAUACUAAAGGGAAACUUUGACUCUCUUGUAGAAUCAUUUUUUCCAACCUUAAUGAAGCUAUGCUCUGCUACGAAGCAUAUCACUUCUACAAAUGCACAUAUGGCUUUAUGUGCCAUUUAUAUUAAUUGUUCUUAUAACUCAAAAUUGCUACAAAGGAUUUCCUUGGCGUCGAAUGAAAAAACAGUACAACCCCGAACGUAUGGUGGAGUUUGGUUGCAAAUUUUCAUAAUAAGAUUCCAUAACGAAAACUCAUUCGUCAACAAUAGCAUUACAAACGGAAUUGAGGUUUCAACUAAAACAGUUAUAAGACUUCUUUCUGACCCAAAUCCAAAAGUUCGUCAAGUCGGAAGAGAAUCCUAUUGGAUCUUUUGGAAAUACUUUCCAAAUGAUGCGGGGGCCGUUUUGUCAAAGGUAGAUACAAAUGUCGUUAGGGCAAUUCAAAGAUCAAGGGCGGAUGAGCAGAAAGUUCAUUCAGCUCCUUUAAUCUCGAAUAACAAAGAGCGUCCUUCAUUGAAAAAAUCGAUCAUUGCUAAAAAUAAGGAAUUACGUAGCAGGCAGAAAGAAAUGACAGUUCUUUCUAGGCCAUCCUCAGGACCGAAUUCAGAAUUGCAACCGAAUCAUAGGCAAGGCAGUAAGGAUGCGAUCGAUCCUAGUCAUAAUAAGAGACAAUAUUUGAACCCAGAAUCUGAAACUAAGGUUUUUGAAGAGGGAAAACAAGCAAUUUCGGUUAGCACUUCUGCUCCCUCUAAAGACCUAGCGAUUAAAGUUUCCUCUCCAUUGAGUGUGGAUAGCCUUCGAAAAGAUAAUAUGGUUAUUGAUUUAACUAGAGAUAUCUCGAGUAUAAAGAACUCUCAAUUAGCAUUCGAUAAACAUAAAGAUCCUAUUUUGAAGUUUUUAUCUUCUAAUCAAACAGAUUUGGUAAUAGAAGGUGUCAAUCUUCUUAAGUAUGCAGUAAUGGGUGACGAGGACUUAUCAUCUGACAUAAAUGAAAUGUUAAGAAAAAUAUCAAUCAGACAGCCACACUUGCUCGAACCGCUAUUUUUGACUACUGAUAACUUGUUCAAAAGAACCUCUCAGUUUUUGAAACCAGAUGAUUAUAUUAGAACCUGUUGUAUUUUAAAAAGUCCGAUCGAAAACAAAACUGUCGAUUUACUUAUUUCUGCCGUUAAUGUUGAUGACUUAUACGAAUCAAUGAAUCGACUACUUUCGUAUGCUGUAAGCGUUUCCAAUAUACUUGAUGAUGACGGUGAAUUAACUAUGCUGAUAAUAAAAUAUAAAUCAAUAAUUAUCCUGCUGAUUAUACAACUACUUUUAAAAGGAUUAGAUAAAAUUCCCAUUACAGACAGACAUUUUCUGAAAUUGACCUCUAACUUGUUAGAUUUAAUUGGUCUUUUGAGAUAUACUGAUAUUUUUCCUAUGUUUUCUAGCUUGUUAGGGAAACUUUAUUCGAUUAAUCCAACUUUGUUCGGAUCUGAACUUGGCUUGAGAGACGAUGUGACUAAAGAAGACGUUGAAGUUAUUGUCGGUGUAGACCAUACCUUGGUCCUUGAUAACAAUAUGAACAUAUUUGAUGAUAAUUAUGAAUCUUUAUUUGAUCUCACGAAGGUGGAUCCAUCAAAAGCUGAAGAAAACUUUUCUCCCGUGAAGAUGAGCACAGACUUUACUAUGUUAGUACCUGUUGCAAAAGAUGACCAUGAUUUUACUUUCAUUCCCAAAAAGCUGGAUAUUCGUUUAGUUCUGAACAAAGAAUCUGAUUUUAGUGAGCCUCUGAAGUUACAAAACUUCAAUCUUAAUGCAGAGACCUCUAGUAGUCACAAUAACUCUGCUUACAGUCAAGAAUGUGAUAGUAUGGACGUAGAUUACAAAGCUGUCAAGCUUGAUGAUUAUGUUGAAAGAGAACAAUCUGCCCUCAUGGAUGGUACCUCACAAAUCAACAAUGAAGGUCACCAAAAUGGUGGUGAUUCUUGCUCCGGGCCGACGCUGUCUCAUAGGCCGAAUGUGUUCGUAGACUACUCUGUGAAUACCAAAAAGUCAGAUCUAUUCUCAAAAUUGCACAAGGGAGAUGAACAAAGUGAGUUAGCUGAUGACUUUGCUCAGUUCGAGAUUGCUAAGCUGCCCAAACAAGGUGAGGAUAUUCAGAAAUUUAUUGAGAGACUGGAUCCAUUGAGCAAUGUUUCGAGUAAAAACAGGCCCAUCAAUAUAUACGAGGAUAUGAAUCACCAUGCGUCACCACAGAAGGUAAAAGAAUAUAAUUAUUCUGAUUUGAAUUGGUUCAAUUUUCGCUUAUCCAGUUAUACCCGAGUUAGUUCUAUGGGUUGUGAUCUGCAAAGUUGUCAGGGUCAAUUUGAAAAUAUAUGCCUCUUACUCGCAGAAAAAAAUAUUAAUAGCAACGAGCUUGUUACAUUGCUAGGUAUUUUGCAAGAAUUGCGAGAGUAUUCUUCAGAGUUCUUAAGUUAUUUCAAGACAGCUGGUAAGCUUAAACUUGAAAGGUCAUUAUGGGAUUAUUUUAAUGGAAAGCUUUCUAGAUCCGAAAUAUUCAAUGGGUUGAUAAUAAUUAAACAACUACUCAUCAACAGGGUAGAAUUAAAUUUGGACCAGUUACUUCUAAUUUUGAUCUCUUUGAGUGAUCGUGCUGAUGAUUUCUUUGAUCAACUAUACUAUGCUUUGUCUGAAUGUUAUGAUGAGAUGCUUUCAGGGAUUUAUACUAGUGCAAAUCUUUUUAUUGCUCUAUUUUCACAUUUUGGACGUUCAGAAUACUCAUCACAAGGGGUCCAUUCAUUAUUCUUGUUGGAAUGUAUCUCCAAGUUACUUAACGUAUGUUCAGUGUCUUUUCUUUUAAAUGAUGCUUUUGUCAAACAAUUGGAUAAUUUGAUCAGAUGUUUCAUUGAUAAUGAGGUAGUAGAAAUAAGAAGAGCUGUUGUUCUCUGUUAUAGUAUCAUAUUGAAAUCAGCAAGGAAUAAAAUUGCUGUCUCGAACGAAAUUGACGUAUCUAGCGAGCUGCUUAUUGAUAAGAUAAUUCAAGAUUUAUCUCUACCGCAAAGGAAACUCAUAGAGUAUUAUAGUAGGGGUUGA